UUUUUUAAUUUAAAUAAACGGGAAAUAUCAUUUCAUGUUGCGAACUUUUUACAGGUUUUGUUAUUUGUGGAUUUUACAAUAAUUGUCAAGGACUGGCUCCUUUCCUGGUUUUGUACGAGGGAAAGCUUGAACAAAGGGAAGGUCAGUUUUCCUGAAGACAUUCCUGUCAUUGCAACAUGAUUUCGUUAUUUCAACUGUAUAUGUUGUUUAUGUUGUUGAAAAUGAAGGCAGAAAGGCCAUUUUACACUGGUCAUGAAUCUCAGGGUGUGAAAUUGUGAAUUAAGGUGGAAAAGUGAAUUGCAAUUUUCGUUACAAGUUUGUUGAACUAUCACCCUGAAAUGAGAAACAUACCUUGUUUCUUGUUUCUGACAAUUUUCAAGGACUUAUGAAAUAUCUUGGGUAGGAUGUAUUCGCUGUUAAAUUCUGUGAAAUUAAAGGUAUUUUGAUGAUCAUUGAGACAGACACUGAUAAUGAAGAUAUCAGUCACUAUAGAAGAUUUUAUUAUUGUCGUUGGCUCCAUCAAUGCAGCAAUCUUUACUCAAUAAAGAACCCCUGUUGCGAAUCGUAAAGGUGGAAAAAUUUCAUUUUAGGCCAUGUAGGGUGUUGAAACUUUGUUUUCUUUAAAUAAAAUUUGAUGGAUAUUUGCGAUUAUGAUAGAAAAAUCUACAACAGAAACUUAAAGAUGCUCAAAGUUACUUUAAAAAUGUAGUACUUAACCAUCACUUAAUUUAUAUUUCUUUUGAUAACGUAAAUGUUUUACAUUAUUUAUCAGCUCUAACUUUAUCAUUUCGUGUAGGUGACGUAGCUAAUUCUAUUUUCCCGAUGACGUGUAUUUAACAAGUACCAUGUUGUGAAAUGUAAGUCUAACCUAGAGUUUCAUGAAAACAAAAAAAACAGGAAAGCAAUGAUCGCAACGUUGAUGAUAAUUAUGGAGGAUAUGUGAAUUUAAGGACCAAUGUUCCAUGACUUAAAGAAAGAGUUUACAGCCAAUAAACACGCUAGUGAGAAGGUGUACUAUGUUGGUCAACAUGGUUAUGAUGUGUUUAAUGUUCAAAACCAACAACUGUUCUUACUGUGAGAACUUUUGUUCUACUAAGAAAGUGAAACUAUUACAGAACAUGGAUGAAUGUACAAUAUUGCAAAGAAUAUGGCUACUUUCACAUUUUGAAGACUGGAAAAAGGAUAUCUUUUCUAAGUCAAUAUUUACUUGUUGAACUGAGUCUUGAGAAUCACUGCAUGGAAUAAUAAAAGGAGAAUUUAAGAUCUGUUUCCGCUUGCCAUUGCUAUUGGUUUAUCUGUUUUUCAAACUUUAAUGGUCGUUUAUUAGAGAGAAUUAUUUCAAGAUAUUUUUUCGAGAGGCUUCGUCGUCUUGAAUUUGAGGAGAAGGAUGGAGUCGUGUGGACGACGUGAAUAUUGUUUCCCACGAGAAUCGUGUAUCUAAUGUUGGACGAGUUGCUAAUGAGGAUCGUGUUGUCGAAGAAUGGAAGUCUUCUUCAAAGUUUCAUGAAAACAGAAAAAAGGAAAGUGGUAAUUUCAAUAUUGAUGAUAAAUAUGGAGAAUAUGUGAAGCUAAAAGCCAAUGCUCCACAACGUACAGAGAGAUUACAGCCAGUCAACUUCUCUUCUAAGGAGGCAGCCACAAUGACGUCACGUAAUAUGACGUCACAUAACAACAUUUCAAGAAACAUGAUGCCCAGUGAUUCAUUAAGAAAUCAUACCAACAUUGGCUACAGUCAAUAUGGCGAUGAUGUGUCUAGUGUUCAUCAUCAACAACCUGUUGUUGUUGUGAGAACAUUUGAUCAUCCAGGAAAGUCGUACUAUUACAGACACAGGAGUUCUUUGCCAAGAAAUCACCCAAGACUGAACUACAAAAGAUCUUUUACAUCUUCGACUACUCGCAGACAAAAACCUUUACCAUCUGCUUGGACAAUAAACCUUAGAAAUUCGCCGUCUAGAUAUGAAAAUUAUGAAGAAAUAAAAGUUAGCGAAACUGAAAGUCAUGGUUUUUCUAAUGGUAAAAACUACAUAGUUGAAAACCGUCCAAAAAUGCUAAAACCUCGACUUAUUAGAAGACUUCUGGUCUCUAAUCUCACAUUCGGAUGCGUCAGAAGCAGAUUAUAGAUCGUGUCCUGUUUUUAAAGACCCAAUUAAGAAUCAAAAUUUUCAAGCGAUUUCUUCCGACAAAAAGUGGAAAGAGAAAUCACAUGACCCAGAAAUCAUGUCCAUUGUCCGUGGUAGUGAAUUUUCCAAAUUCUUGCCCACUACUCCACGACCAAGCAAGAGCCAAUCAGAUAUCUCUAUUGAUGGAUAUUCCCGUGGUAAAUGUGAAUCAUUUAAAAACAAAAUUGAAAGAAACGUUUAAGAAAACAGGGAGGUUGUUGUUGAAGAGAGAAGCCAAUCAGAUCAAGAAAAGCAUAAUGAAGAAACUUUACAGCGUUUACGAAAUGGUGAGACGCGCGAGAGGAAUGGUAUGGAAAAUAGAAAAAACGUCGGUUCAUUUAAUAAAGAAACGAGCAGUUCAUCGUGGACUCAUAAUGACAGCGGUUUUAGAAAGAAACAUCAUGUGCCGAUAAAUGGUGUUCAAGUCCUACCACCAGAACCAGUUUUUAUUCAGUUUGAAAAUAGCGAUGAGGAGAAAGAAAAUUGAAGUUGAAUGAUUUAUUAACAAGCUAUUUCAGACUUAUAAAUGGUUCACUUUAUAUGGUGAAUUUACUAUCUAUGUAAUAUCUUUCUAUUUAUUUUUCAUACAUUUGAAGGACAUUUAAAUCCACAAAUUAUUCAUUCUCCCCCCAUGGAGAACAUAUAGCAUUUUUUUCAAAAAAAUGUACUCCUACUGUUAUUUUGAAAUUUCUACAUUGUUAAAAUAAUCUUUUUAUGACGACAUUGCAAACAAGGCGUUAUUAUUGAUGUUUCUAACCUGAGGGAAAACGUUAUAAAAAUACACUUGUUGAAAUACCUAUUAGAGACUGUGAUCGGAGAUCAGUGAUUUAUCUUUAUACUGGAUGACUAUAUUUGUCGUUUACAACUGACACAACAAAGAAAAUUCAUCUAUUCACAUGAAACUAAUAACAACCUGAUCAAUACAUGGGUAAAGUCUUUUCUUCAUUGAAAUUUGGUCGGCGGUCAGGCUCAGUGAGACAGCACUUUAAAGAAGGGAAUCGUUGUAUGAAUAAUGGCGAUUUUGAACCAGCAAUUAAAAACUAUAUAGAAUGUUUGAGACCUCCAAGCAAGAAUAGCGUCAAAAUGAUGGCAUAUUUUGGUGCUGGCAACGCUUGUGUCCUCUCUGAUAAAUGGAAGGAUGGACUGAAAUGUUUUGAUGAAUGCUUGAAGAUUUCUUCAAACGUGAAACGUGAAUUUUUUCAACGUCAAGUUUAUCUUGGCCUGGGAAAUAUUGACUCUACCACUGAAAGAUUUGUGGACGACCUGAAGAAAGAUAAAAUGGUCUGUCUUUGCCAUAUUGCGUUGGGAGGAUUGAACAAGUGGCUUAAAAAUUAUGAGAAAUCUUUCGAGCAUUAUAGAAAAGGAUUCUCUCUUAUUGAAUCUCAACAGCAACAACAUGAACAGCAUCAUCGACCGCGACGACCAAGAAAAGUUGGUGGUAUCAACGUUAGUAAAGAUUUCGUCAACCUUUACAUGAAGAACUUGUCAAUUGUUACUUCAGCUGGAAUUGUCAGUGGAAUGUUGGCUGUUUUAUGGGAAUUAGCAGAAUUGUUUGAGAAACUGGAGCAAUAUAGGGAAGCAGCAGAUAUUUAUGAAAUAUAUCUGGAGAUUGUCACAGAAGAUGAAGAUAUAGAAAAACAAAUGAACGCUAUGGUGUGUUUAAUACGAAUAUAUGGAAAGGAAGGACGUCAUUCCUCAAUGGACGUCAUGAAACUGAAAUUACGAGACCUAGAUAGGAAAAAGAAGAAAAAAGAAUUGCAGUUACAAGAAUGGAAAUACCUUGGUGAAUCAACAAAACAUCAAGAAUUAUUCCAAAGACUUAUUGAGUAUGGGCGCGAUGGCAAUGACAAGGUCGAACAAGUGAGCGAUCUACGUGUAAUUUUCUCAGACGAGUUUUGUAUCGGCAAAGGAAAUGAUGGAACUCGUGUUUAUCUUGGACUGGGAAAAGAUGGUUACGGCAAAGCUGUGAAACGAAUACGACGAGAUAACUACAUUGGACUAAAACAUGAAGCAAAGUGUUUUAAGGAAAUCAACGCAAAGAAAUCGAAUUAUGUUGUGAAUGUUUUAUUAGAAGAAAACACUGCAACGGAUUAUUUCAAUUUAAUCCUUGACCUAUGUGAAGAAUCGCUGGAGAGUUUUGUAAAAUCUUCUACUGAGGACGUUCUUCAAAAAUCUCUUCCCAAAAUUCUCAGGCAAAUUUUAAAAGGAUUAGCUGAUCUUCAUAGCGAACCAAAUCCAAUUCUUCAUCGGAAUUUAAAGCCUUCCAAUGUUUUCCGAGAUGCACAAGGUAAAUUUCUGAUAGCUGACUUUGGUAUUAGCCGAAAAUUGGAGGAUGGCUCUAGGACAUAUAAAAGCAACACUAACAAAGAAACUGAGUAUUGGAUUGCUCCUGAAUCAUAUCGUGAAAAUGAGGAGUCGGUUGAUGAAGCACGUUACAAAAAAGAGUCUGAUGUGAUGAAUGCAGGAAUGGUGGCUUAUUAUGUUGCAACAAAAGGGGAUUAUGCUUUUGGAGCUGAAAAGAAUAGACUGAAAAACUUGUUACAUGGAAACCCUGUUGGUUUGGAAAAAAUCAAGGAUGAUCAACUUAGAGAUCUUCUUUCAUGGAUGCUACAACGACAACCCGAAGACAGGCCAUCAGCUAAAGAAGCAUUAAAACAUCCAUAUCUGCAAUCUCCUGAAGAGAACUUUGAUAUGUUGUGUGAUUUGGUGAAUCAACUGGAGAAAGAGAAAAGUGAUUCUCUCAACUCAGAUGUCCAUAAGCAGUUAAAUGAUCCAGAAAAUUGGAUGGACCGUAUCGACGGAGGAAUUUUUAACAGUUUCAAUGACUUUGACAGUACAUGGUUAGGCUGCUUAAAAUUUUUACAAAACGUUCGCAAGCAUUGGCAAGAUGAACCUCAUCCACAACUGCCGCCAAGUGAAGGCAACUAUAAAAAGUAUUUCCUGCAAGUUUUUCCGGAGCUUCCACUUCUGGUGCACAGAAUCAUCAGGUAUAUCGAAGGGAAAUCCACUCCUGAUCUGAAAAAACAAUUUGCUACCAAAAGACAUCAAACGGGUUACUUUAUCAACAAAUUAGUGAAAGAUGAUCAAAGAGGAAGAUAUGCUCAGUGAGAUGAAAUAUGGUGCAGUCAAAGAAGUCCGAAAGCCAAAUAAAGUGAAAAGGACUUUCAUCACGAAAUUUGCGCAAAGCAAGUUUUUACUGAGCAAGUGAUACUUUGUGGUAUUGUAUUAUAAGUAAACUCACGCUUUCAGGGAUGUAAGAAAUUAAAUGUUCUGCUGACGAAAGCGAGGCUUAGUAACGUCAAAGAAUAUUGAGGAGGGACGUUUACGACUAAAUAUCGCCAUUCCUAUAUUUGCGGUAACACGUUAAUAAAUAUUUCUGUUGCAACAAAAGAAACCGAGGCGACCAUAUCUGUUGACCGAUGCAGAUCUGUAUAUUUGAUUAUCGACUGUUGGUAUGAAUGAUUCUACUUUAACUGCUAUCUCCAAAUACACUUUAGCAUCAGUUGACCAAAUUUAAGGAAUUCGUGUGCGAUACUUUAAGUCAAACAGAAGAUCUAACAUGAAUACUUUAAGAAAUGAUAUUUAUGGUGAAUAUUGGGUACAGACAUUUCUUUAGUUUUGUGCUUCAAAGGUUUUGUGCAAUAACCUACGAGCUCUUAUUCUCCAGAGCAUAAAGGUAUUACAGAGCGUUUGACUGGGACAAUCACAGCAUUGAAUCGAUCAGUGAUGACGAUGUCUUGGCUGCUAUAUAAGCAGACAGAAACGCAAUAAAUUUCACCUAAAGUUCACAUUCUGGUGUUAAAUAUAUAGUUCAAGAAAAUCAACGAAGGCAAUGUUCAUUUUCUACCUGGAAGGUUUAUCUGCGAUUACUUUAAGAAGAUUUCAACCAAUUUGGGAUGGAGAAAUGCAAACGCAUUUACACCUGUCGAACCGUCAAAAAAAUUUUUAGGUUUCUCAGACGAUGAAAAGAUUUAGUAAAAGUCUCUUUUGCUAAAUCUCCCUCGGUUUACAGGACUUUUAACCACAAAUAUCCCUGCGUUUACUUACAAUAAAGUUGCUUCUUAUUUUUAUCUCAAAUAGUUUACCAAUGUACUAUAUAAUAUCACAGAGAUUGGCAUUAUGACUGAUUGUUGACAAUACCAUUGAAUGAAAGUAAUAUCCGAUCAAUUUCGAAGGAAUUUCCUAUCUGUCUCUUGAGUAACAUUUUACUGCCCGAAAUUAAGAUUAGCCUUUUUGAAAAAAAUAAAUACAUUACCUUUUAAUGCAUUGAAUAAUAUACCAAAAAGCUGAGCCUAUACUAUUAUGUUAUUCGUACGUAUUCUAAUCUUGUGUGCAAUGAAUUACUUUCAGCUCACUUCCACAUGUUUGAAUAUUUUCAUCCCUUAUCCCUAAAUGUAAUACUUUUACAUAAUUUUUAGAAUCGCAGUUGAAAGAAUGGAAGUAUUUUGAUCAAUCAAUAAAGCA